AUGGAUAUCGAGACGUCGGAGCAGCUAGCCUUCAUCCCGGAGCAGGUGGAGAGCAUCUUGAUGACAGUCGUGGACGGUAUUUUGCGCACAGAAGUUUAUCUCGAAGAAAAGGUUUCACACUGGGUUAACACGAUAUGUGACAGAAGUAUGCAAGAGCUUCACGACCUCAGCAAGCCAUUCAAGUACGUGGUGUCUUGCGUAAUUGUACAGAAGAACGGGGCUGGAUUUCACAUUGGACACAGCGCAUACUGGGAUAUCAGCAAUGACAACAUAUGCCAGGUAUAA